AUGUUGUUACAACAUCUCUUCCCUCAAAAUAAUAAUAAUAAUAUCCAUUCUCAUCAUAUUUCUACCUCCACCACUCCGAUGGAAUGGAAUCAUUGUUCGGGUCCAACCACAAAAUCUACCACGACCACUCAAAACAUGAAGAAUGAACCAUUAGAAGAGGGUGAAGACUCCGAUCAGCACAUCCGAUUAGUUCCAAAACAAGUCUCGCUGCCCGUGAAAAUUGCUGGCAUUGGCCGUUAUCUUCCUCCACAUAUUGUUCCGAGUAGCACCAUUGAUAUUUUGUGUGGAAAACCAAAAGGUUUCACUGAGAAAACGACCGGAAUUAAAGAGAGAAGAUGGGCCAACAGCGUUCAACAUGUGUUAAAAGUUAGAAAACAGAAAUUUGCCAAGAAUGUUGAACAAUUUCUUUCCAAAGAGGAAAUGAAUAUCACCUCCUCCUCUAAACAAGCUCAAGAAUUGAAAGAAAAGGAAGUGACUAUUUCAUGGAUGGGUGCUCAGGCAGCUUUGGAAGCUUUGAAAAAUGCUGAAAUGACCACAGAUGAUAUUGAUCUCAUUGUGAAUGCAUCGGGUACACCUCAAAGAACCAUUCCAGACACUUCAUGUUUUUUACACAAAGAACUAGGUUUGAGUGAGAGUGGAAAGCCCUCAUUAUCGAUUCACUCGACUUGUUUGUCUUUUAUGAGUGCUUUUCACAUGUGUGCAGGAUUAAUUGCAAGUGGAAUGUAUCAAACGAUUUUAAUUGUUUCUGCUGAGAUUAGUACGGUUGGAUUAAAUUUUGAGGAAAAUCCACAUGCUGGAGGAUUAAUUGGAGAUGGUGCAGCUGCUGUUGUGUUGACUCGAUCGAAACCUGGUGAAAAGAGUAGACUCUCAAAAUAUUUAUUUUCCACUUACAGUGAUGGAGCUGACUACACAUCGAUUCGAUCUGGAGGAAGUGAAUUUCAUCCCAAUCAUGUCUAUACACCAUCCAAUUACAUGUAUUUUGAUAUGAAUGGAAAAAAGAUUUUAGAAUUUACUGCGUCACGGAUGAUUCGAGUGAUGGAAGACUAUCAACCUGGUCUUUCGAGUGGAAAUUUGGAAGGAAUUGAUUGGGUUGUUCCUCAUCAGGCAAGUUAUGCAGCAUUCCAUGUGAUGUCGGAUGUGUUAGGAUGGCCUUCUGAAAAAAUUGUCAAAACAUUGGAAAAGUUUGGAAACACCAUUUCUGCAAGUAUUCCAAUGGCUCUCUACGAAGGCAUUCACGAUGGAAGAAUUAAAAGAGGAGACAAUGUGUUUAUGAUUGGAACCGGAGCAGGCUUGACCACAGGAAUGAUCACUUUCACCUAUUAA